AUGAUACCGAUAAAGAUGGAAGAACUAGAAAGAGUACUACAAAACCUAAAAACAAAUAAAGCACCAGGAUCAAGUGGUAUAACUUACGACUUUUGGAAGAAAAGUGGAAACCUAACGAGGAAUUUAUUACUAAACAUUUUUAACGAUAGCAUGGCUAAAGAGAACGUAACAGACGAAUGGAAGAAAGGAUUUAUAUACCCAAUAAAUAAAACUUCACGUUCAAAUUGGAAUCAAGAUUUAAACUUGACAAGACCCAUAGUGCUCUUAGAAACAGCAAGAAAAAUUUGGUUUAAAAUAUUGGUAAAUAGACUAGGCAAAAUUUUAACAAAAGAACAGAUUUUGACAAAUACGAAUUUGCAGCAUUAA